AUGGCAAAAACUCGCAGCUCUAACAAAAGACAAAAAUUUUCACUAAGAAUAUUAACAAAAUCAAAAAGGCAAUCUAUUAAAUCAACUUUUAAAAAUAGUUAUAAAAAUAGUAAAAUUUGCAUAAAAGAAAAAAAACAAUUACUUGAAGUUGCUAAAAAAAGUGAGUUGUCAAGUGAAACACCUGAAAUAAAUCAAAUUUUACGAAGAUAUGUAAUUAAAAAUAAAAAAACAUUAAAUAUCAAUAAUUCUUUAUUAAAGAAAGUUAAGUUUAUUACAAAAGAUCGUUUUAAAAAACUUUCAUCGUCAAUUUCAUCAGUUUCUGGAAAGUUGCAAUAUUUACCCCAAAUUACAAUAGAAUUAGAAAAGGCAAAAAAUGAAGCAAAAAAUAUUUAUGAUGGAAAAUUUUUUGAACCAGGAAAGGAUGAAUUAGAAUCAUUUGUUGUUGGUUAUGGUGAUAAAUUAUAUAUUUUUGAAAUAGAUGAAAAGAAAAAAGGAAAAAAAGUUCAAAUGCGUUUAACAAUAUCAUCUGGAGUCGAAGAAGAAGAAUAUUUUGCCAUUUGUACAUCAUUUGUUUAUAUUCAAAAAAAUAAAUAUCCAGUUGUUGUAGCAGGUGGUAAAUGUAAAGUACUUCAAGUUUUUUUAGCACAUAACGGAAAACAUUUACAUAAUUUAUUUGGUCAUUCAGGAGAUAUUAAUGAAAUAUGUGCUUCACCAGUAGAUUUUGAAAUAGUUGCUUCUGUAUCUAAUGAUGAAACAUGUAGAUUAUAUAAUAUACGACAUGGAGUUAAUUUAGCAACUUUUGGUGGACCAAUGGGACAUACACAUAAUAUUAUAUCAUUAGAUUUUUCAUUAUGUGGUAAUUAUAUUGUUACAUGUGGUAGCGACUAUAAAGUUAUGUUAUGGGGUUUGAAAGAUAAAAAUAUAAAUUCACAAAGUAUUUCUACAUCGUCAAAAAAAAGUAAUAAUUUUGAAAUAGUUUUUAAAAAAUUAAAAAUAAAAAAUGUUUUUAUUAAAAAUACAAGUUUAGAAGAAAAAUUAAAAAUUGGUAAAGAAAUGAUUCUUGAUGAUGAAAAAAAAAACAAACUAACUGAACAAAUUUUUAAAAGAUUUCCAUUAUGUCAAAAUCGUAUGUUACAUAGUACAAUAAUUGAUGGUGUACGUUUUUAUGAUAAUUAUAUUAUAACAAAAGAUCAAUCAAAAAUUCUAUCAAUGUGGAAAUUUGGAAAACAUUCAGAUGAUAUUACAGGUAAUAAAGAAAUAUUAAAAGAACAACGAAAUUAUUCAAUUCUUAAGCAUUUUGUUCUUCCAAAUUGUAAUGAGACAUGGUUUCAUAAGAUAGAAAUUGAUCCAAGUAAUAAUAUACUUGCUGUAGCAUCAGACACAGGUUUCAUUUAUCUAUAUGAUAUAACAAAACAAGAGUUUUAUCAACAACCAGAUAAUGUUUUAACACAUUAUUUUAAGAAAUCUAAACAACGAGGUGUACGCAAUAUUACUUUUAGCCAUGACUCACGUUAUCUUUUAUCUGUCGGAGAUAAUUAUACGUUUUCUGUUUUCAAAUUAUAUAAUUAG